AUGGCACAAUUCAACAAGUUUUCUGAGGCUUUAGGGCCAAAGGCCAACAUGUCGAACAGCCAGGUGUACUUUGGGGGGGGGGUUACACCUGAAAAGGUGAAUGAAAUACUGGAUGUGUUGGGAUUUGAGAAAGGUGAUCUACCCUUCAGGUAUCUGCGUGUGUCGCUUUCUACUAAGAGACUUACAAUCCAACAGUGCAAGCCUUUGGUUGAGAAAAUAACAGCUAGGAUCACUAAUUGGAUGGCUAGGGAACUGUCUUAUGCAGGAAGACUGCAACUUAUCAGAGCUGUCCUUUUUGGGGUUCAAGCAUACUGGUCCCAGCUUUUCCUACUCCCUCAGAAAGUGAUUAAUUUGAUUGAAGCAGCAUGCAGAAGCUACUUAUGGUCUGGGGAAGCUGUUAUCACAAAAAGGGCACUUGUGGCAUGGGAAAGGGUUUGUUUACCUAAAGGUGCAGGGGGUAUGAAUGUUAUACAGUUGAAAACAUGGAACCAAGCUGCUCUGUGUAAACUACUAUGGGCAUUAAGCCAGAGCAAGCAAAAGUUGUGGAUUGCCUGGAUCCACACUUAUUACAUAAAAACACAACUGCUAGAGAAUAUGGAGAGUCCUAAACAAGCCUCAUGGAUGGUGAGGAAAAUCUUUAACAUGAGGAAAUAUUGGUCCCAACAAGAUAUCAGGAACCAAGUAGUGCAGAAGGGCAAGUUUAAGAUCACAAAAGCCUACAGGAAUCUGAGAGGGACUGUGUGUCAAGUGCCUUGGAAGAACUUGACAUGUUAUAAUGUGGCUGAACCUAAACAUGUGUUUAUCCUCUGGGUAGCUUUGCAUAGUAAGCUUGGAACAAAAGAUAGAUUAAUUCAAUGGGGAUUGACAAUGGAUGAGAAAUGUGUUUUUACGCCAGGUGGUGCCUGA